AUGGGAUCAAUGGGGGCACCUUCCAGCUCAGCUUUGUCAUCUAGCUCGGGCAGUUCCAAAAGAAAAAGAGGGGGGGGGCAAGAAGACGAGCCUUCUCUCCUUCAUCUAGAAAAUCUUCCCAUGAUCCAAUUUCAUCAGCCCAAGUCACUGAGGAUUUGCCUUCGCGGAAAUACUAGACUUCAAGGCUGCAGGAGAGCACUUCUACCAAUUACCUAUAAAGGCGGAAAAGCUCACUUCGCGCCAAACCAACAAUCUGCACGCUUAGCCGCAUUGUUCAUCUUGCCUUAA